AUGGCUCCUGUCGCACCACCGGCACCGCCAGUCGUCCCUCAAGAAUCUCCAAGCCGGCGCAUCGAAGCACGUCUUAGACAGCGGAUGAUCAAUGAGCGCCUGCGAGCAGUACACGUGCCUGUCGCCGGCGACGAUGGGAAGACGUCAAUACAGGAGCUGAUGGAUCGAUAUUUGAAUAAAUCAAGAGAAUCCGUGGCCAACGGCAUGACGCCGCCACCUCCUUCGGCAGUGAGGCCGGAAGCUGGCGAACCGGAUGAGAUCAGAAGACUCGUCAAUAGGUACUGCUCACCCAGCGCCGAGCCACGAGACUACGACUCUCACCCGUCCAACAGCCACACUGUCGAAGAUCCCCACAUCGAUUCGAAGUUGGUUUACGUUCUUUUCAACAUCUCAAGUGCUUCUUCAUGUGAUGCCUUUGACCUCUUGAGCAGUUCUGUACAGUAA